AUGGAUGAAGAGCAACAGCUGAAGCUCAAUCGGUGCAUGAGCAUAAGAGACAAAGCUGCUUCAAUGGCUCUCUAUGCCGUAUCCAUUUGGCUUCCUCUUCUCUUGCUUUUCCCUCUACUGCUGCUGAUCAUUAAAAAGAAGAAGGAUGCUCGAGUGGUGCAAAACAAACGCCCUCCACCAAGCCCUCCUAAGCUUCCCAUUAUAGGUAACUUGCACCAGAUUAAUGGAGAAUUGCCUCACCAAUCUUUGUGGCGACUCUCCCAAAAAUACGGCCCGGUGAUGCUCCUUCACCUCGGCAGUAUACCAAAUGUUAUUAUAUCUUCUGCUGAGGCUGCAAGAGAGGCCUUAAAAGUUCACGAUCUUGACUGUUGCAGUAGGCCAGUCAUGGCCAGCUCUAGAAGACUUACCUACAAUUAUAAAGACAUGGCUUUUGUACCUUACGGCGAAUAUUGGAGAGAGAUACGGAAAAUAUGCGUUCUUGAGGUCUUUAGCGUGAAGAGAGUGCAAUCAUACCGGUCCAUUAGGGAAGAAGAAGUCGCUUCGCUUACCAAUUCAAUAUCUGAGUCUUCGUCUUCUGCAACCCCUGUUGAUCUUUCUGAGAAGCUGUUUGCUCUCACUGCAAGCAUAACUUUUAGGAUUGCUUACGGCAAGAGUUUCCGCGGGAGUGAAUUGGAUAAUGAAAAAUUUCAAGAAUUGAUUCAUGAGGCUGAAGCCUUGUUGGGAAGCUUCGAUGCAGCCGAGUACUUUCCAUACGUGGGAUGGAUUAUGGACAGGCUAUCUGACAGACGUCAAAGGCUUGAAAGGGUUUCCCAUGAGUUGGAUAACUUUUUCCAACAGGUAAUUGAUCUUCACCUCACUCCCGAGAGGACAGAACAAGAGCACGAGGACAUCAUCGAUGUGCUGCUGAGAAUAGAAAGGGAGCAAACCGAGUCUGAUCGGUUCACUAAAAAUAACAUCAAGGCAGUCCUCUUGAACAUAUUUUUAGGUGGAGUCGACACUGGUGCAAUUACAAUGAUAUGGGCAAUGGCAGAGCUUGUUAGGAACCCAAGAGUGAUGAAGAAAGCCCAAGAUGAAGUUAGAAAUUUCGCUGGAAACAAAGGAAAAGUCACUGAAGAGGACACUGAUCAGCUUCCCUACCUCAAGAUGAUACUGAAAGAAACUUUCAGAUUGCACCCACCAGCCACACUGCUACUUCCAAGAGAUACCAUCAAACACUUUAAGAUCAACGGUUAUGACAUUUACCCGAAAACACUACUCCAAGUCAAUGCUUGGGCAAUAGGACGAGAUCCUGAAUACUGGAAGAACCCAGAAGAAUUCAUCCCAGAAAGGUUCAUUGAUGGCUCUAUUGAUUAUAAAGGCCAACAUUUUGAGCUGUUAACAUUUGGAGCUGGUCGAAGAGGUUGUCCUGGGAUUUAUAUGGCAACAUCAACAAUUGAGCUCGCACUCGCAAAUCUUCUGUAUGCUUUCGACUGGAAGUUACCCUAUGGGAUGAAGGAAGAAAACAUUGACAUGGAAGAGUCGGUUGGUCUUAGCCUUACUACCCAUAAAAAAACAGCUCUUAACCUUGUGCCAGUUAAAGUGUUGUAGUGGCAAUCAGAUGAUAGCCCGAGCUUACGAACACUCCUGUUUUACUGUAAAAUAUAUGCUACUACAAUCUGUAAGACUGAAGUAAGUAGUAGCUAAUUAGCCUAAGCCUUUGUCUUUGGCUUUACUAUCGAGAUAGUGGUAUGGAGACUUGGGGGUACAAAUAUCUCAAAUAGUACUUUGAAUUAUCUACCUGUGACCUGUUGCAGGUUA